AUGUCUCCCUAUGCAGAUGAUUGGCGCAGUGCCAUCGCGGCAAAGCAGGAAAAGCAAGCUGGUGACAAAAUCACCAUGCCCACCAACAAGAAGACUGACGCUGCUGCUCCCACCACCAAGUGCUCUGCUCUUAUGGGCACCCCGGCUGGCUCUAUCGCCAGCAUCUGGCUGGCUACAAAGGCCAAGUUCACCAAAGAACCCACCGCGGGCAACAUCAUCAAGAAGGCCAAUGGCCAGAUUCUCGUCGCUGAACCUUCGGGCUUCAGAUUUAUCUUCGAAGAUGAGAUGCUGCAGCAACUCAUGCUGCUCAACGCUUGA